CCCCAUUAGGGCAGCGGACGCAGUGCAUACACUUCGUCCCUUCCAUCACAAACAUCGUAUACUUCAAUGGCUGACAUGGACGUUGACCCUCCCCAAGGAAAGAAGGAGGGCAAGGAGAAAGAGGGAAAGCAGCGUUUCGAAGUCAAGAAGUGGAAUGCUGUCUCGCUCUGGGCAUGGGACAUCGUCGUUGACAACUGCGCCAUCUGCAGGAAUCAUAUUAUGGAUCUAUGCAUCGACUGCCAGGCUAAUCAAGUCUCUGCGACCUCUGAAGAGUGCAACGCCGCCUGGGGUAUCUGCAACCACGCAUUCCACUUCCACUGCAUCUCGCGUUGGCUCAAGACGCGUAAUGUCUGUCCUUUGGACAACCGUGAAUGGGAGUUGCAGAAAUACGGACGGUGAAAGUCCCCAAGCCUUUUGUAUACUAGAAGACGAUCUCCGAAUGUACUCUGCUCCGAAUAUCGACUUGUUCGCGUCGCAUCGUGAUUCCGUUCAGAGAAGAAUAUGCAAAAUGCAAUAAAUUAGGCCGUAAUAAACUC